GGCCGUGCAAGUUUGAAUUGACCAAUGGUGAGGCCGCAUUUUAACGCUCGUUUUUUAAUUUUGCUCGAGACAAGGAUUUUUAUGGACUCUCUUUUAACUUGACCCAAUUUGGGCGUUUUUCUUCAGAUUUCUAGCACAGAAUAUCAAAUAAUGCUACCAUAUGAGAAGUGCGAAGCACCUUCUUGAGAGAAUCCAGAAGUCUGCUUCAAUUCAAAAUCAAACUUUUUAAAAAUCAAGGACAACUUUGAACCAAACGACAAUAACCAUGGCACAGCCUCCCCGUAAACGUCGCAAGAGCUCGUCCACUCAAGCCACAACAACCCUGAGCGGAGAUGACGACAGCGCACAGAGCAGCAACAUGAAGGUUGUGGUGCGUGUUCGGCCACCAAAUGCCUCGGAACUGGACGACCAAAAGGCGCGCACAAUCGUCCGUGUGAUGGACGAACACUUGCUGGUGUUUGAUCCAAAAGAUGAUGACGUGUCACCAAACUAUUACCACGGAAAACGUAAACGACGCGACCUGCUAACAAGGAAGAAUAAAGACUUGAAGUUCAUUUUUGACAGAGUCUUCAAUGACAUGACGUCACAGCAGGAAGUAUACGAGAGCACAACUAAAGUCAUUGUUGAUGGAGUUCUGAAUGGGUACAAUUGCUCUGUGUUUGCAUAUGGAGCCACAGGUGCAGGGAAGACUUUCACCAUGCUUGGAUCCCCUCAGAAGCCUGGUGUAAUCUUCCUAACUAUGAUGGAUCUGUACCAGCGCAUCGACCAGAUGCAGAGUGAGAAAAUAUGUGAUGUAGCAGUCUCAUAUCUAGAGGUGUAUAAUGAGACGAUUCGUGACCUGCUUGUACCAUCUGGUACACUAGCAGUACGGGAGGACCCACAGAAGGGUGUGGUGGUGAGUGGACUCACCCUGCACAAGCCACGCAGUGCAGAGGAGUUAAUCCACAUGUUAGAGUAUGGGAACCAGAACCGGACACAGCAUCCUACUGAUGCUAACGCCACAUCUUCACGCUCCCAUGCUGUGUUUCAGGUGUUUGUACGUCAGAAGGACCGCACAGCAAACAUCAGCUCAGAUGUACGGGUGGCUAAGAUGUCCCUGAUUGACCUGGCAGGGUCAGAGAGAGCGACGGUCACCACAAACCGAGGUGCCCGCUUCAGAGAGGGGGCCAACAUCAACAAGUCCCUCCUGGCACUGGGGAACUGUAUCAAUGCACUGGCCGAUCCACAGUAUAAGGGCCACAUCCCCUACAGGAACAGUAAGCUGACUCGUCUGCUGAAGGAUUCGCUAGGUGGAAACUGUCGCACUGUCAUGAUUGCUGCUGUCAGCCCCUCCAGCCUAUCCUAUGAAGACACCCACAACACACUCAAAUAUGCCAACCGGGCCAAGAACAUCAGAUGCACGCUGAAGAAGAAUGUUGUGAGUGUGGAUUUCCAUGUCAGCCGCUAUGCUCAGAUCUGUGAGGAACUCAGGAAAGAGGUGGCAGAACUGAAAAACAAGAUCAAAGGUUAUGAGGAGGGCUCCCAGCCUCCUCCCCCUCCUGCUGUAGAUGAUGCACAACAGGCAGAGAUCAACAGGUUACAAGGCAUCCUUCACAGUGUCUUCAAGGAGCGACACAUCAUCCGGAAGGACUUACAGGAGCUGGAGAUGUCUCACUGUGAGCUCAAGGUCAAGGUUCAUCGUAAGGAACGUGACCAGGAUAGGGUGAAGGCCAUCAGCAGCGACAACCUCAAGGCUACUGGCCGGCUGGAAAGAGCAAUUGCAGCAGCCAAGACACGGCAGGCGGUGUUUCAAGAUCGUCUGGAGACAGCGGAGAAACGCAUGAAGGAGAACUGCGAGACUCUGGAGAAGGUGGAGGAGGAGCUGAGGGGACAAGGCACAGAGGGGGAGCUACCAGAGGCUGUCCAGUCCUUCCUGCACACUCGGCACCUGGAGGUGGAGGUCAAGGACCUCAGAAAACAAGUCAAACAUCUUAAGAAGUUUGCCAAGUCCCAGGAGAAGGAUUCACAGGCAUCUGAGAAGUUGAUCAUGUCCCUGUUGGUGAUGGCACGUAGACAGUACUUCCUGCUGAAAGGCGCGGGAAUGGCGACAUCUGACGUGACGUCUGAGUUCGAGGCAGUGCAGAGGAUGGUGGAGGGGGAGAAGGAGGUCAUGUGGGCAGACCAGAGCAUGCUGGGAGACAGGACCCAGACUGGGCUGGACUUGACGGAGGUGCUGGACCUGUCAGUCAUGAGUGUUGUCUCAGCAACUCCUCCAAGUGGAAAGACACCAUGCAGAACACCUGUCCAGCUGCAGCCCAAGAGAGUCUUGCUGACAGAUUCCAAUGCUGCUACAACGUCAUGUACUCCGAAGGGGACCAUUACGACGCCAUCUCCCCUCAGAGUGGUGGCUACACCUCUUAGAGUCCCAGUUUCUGAUAAGAAGACAGUCCAGCAACCUCCUACCCCUCAGAGAGUUGCUGUACCUAGUCCAAGUGUUUCCACCCCUCAGAGAGUAUUGGUACAGUCCACACCAACAGUGCCCAUGCCAAUGAGAGUGCCAGUUGUUCCGUCCACCACCACCCAAACCACUCCAGCUGUCAGUAAUGGGAUUACCCAGGGGACACUUACAAAGGCUCUUCCUGGGAGAGUUGCAGCUUCAACUGUAACUAAGUCUACUGUAACCAAGACAACUACAGGUCCAGUCAGAGUUCAUGGGAAGCCUGAUAGAAAGCCACAGAGCUCCAGGGCACUGUUCACAGAACAGACACAACCCAACAGGACUGACGAGUGUACAGUCUUGCAACUACAACUCGGUCCCGGUCCCUUAGCGACCAGCUCUAUGAUGUCAGAAGACUCCUUAAACCUGCCAUAUGACAAGACAAUGGUACUGAGCUCAUCACAGACUGUGUCUAGGCCAGAGGACCUGCCUGUUGUCAAGCAGGAGGCUUCAAGUGAAGGAAGUGCUAGUGGAACAAUGGAACAGAUGCAGGAAGGCCAAGAUGUGACCUAUGUGCAGGCUGUCAGCACUCAUACUCCUAACAACCAGUCAGCAGCCAAGAAGGCAAAGCUGGACCAGUCCUAUGUUAUCAUGGGUGAUCCUUCCACACCAGCGGUGGAGACUGAGGAAAAAAAUACAGGAGGAGAUGAGAGAAGAAUGACCUUCACUAAAGAUGACCUUAGACCUGAAGGUCAGGAGAAUACAGCAUCCUGCAGCACGUUCCCCACCCCAGGACACACUACUGCGGGGAAACGCAGGUCACUUGGGGACGUCAAUCCACCUGCGGCUGCUGGGCAACAUGUGGAACAGCUGCGGAAGGUCGGACUGCCAUCCAUGAUGGACAAAGGCACCUUUCCUCCACCAAAAAAGCCAUCCUACAUGUCUCUGACAGCAUCAGCAGCCUUCAAGAGGAAGAAGCAUAGGAGGUCUGUUUCAUCCCGAGAAAACUUCACCUCCAAGGAGAAACAGAGUCCUGUUGCCAAGGAGACAACAAAACCUGCAGGCACCAGGAGGAAAUUUGGCUUCCGCAGAUCACUUGCUCACUCUAGAAGCAAGUCUGCAGGCAACCUUCUCCGUUGGCAUGGUAACCAAACAUCAUCCAGCCGACUGCCAGUCAGGACACCAACCAAACUGUGACAUCACCAGACCCUUGACAUAGUGUGCUGACUGAACUCUUCACCUUGCUGAUAAAGUUUGGUUGACAGAAGGCUUCUUCUGCAUGGAUAAGGUUAAUUUGCAACAUGUCAGAACUUUUGUAAAAUUGUAUAUAAUUCUUAUUUUCCAGUUUGGAGACAUUUACAUAUUAGGAAUCAUGUCAUACAGAAACUAUGUUGUCAUUAAGCAGUCUCAAAAGGAUAUCAUGAUAAUUUGUAGUCUUGAUGCUUUUAUGUUCACUAUACUAUGCAAAAAUCAAGUGAUGACUUACAAAAUCUUGUUUCCAAGAGUGUAAAUAUUGUGGAUUAUUCAUACAGAAAUCUCAGACAGGGAACUUUUACUUACCUUACCUAUUAGAACUGGACGUUUACCUUUACCUACUCAUCUUUAAAUGCUGUUGAAGGAUUCCUGUCUUAAAAUAGAUUCAUUAAAUCAAGUCAUCAGCAGGACAUUUUCAUUUUAAAAGCAGUGGAAUGCAGUUACAGCUCCUGUUUAUAUGAUAAUACAUCAGGAAUACUGAUUGCAUGUUCUUCACCUUGUGUUCCUUGCUGUGCCACCAGUGGCAUAGGUGUAACCUGGUAACAGGUCAAGUUAGACAUAUUUACUUUAGCAAGCUGGCAUCAUUCUAUCUUUAGUCAUUGUACAAAGAAGUAGCUAAAUGUACAUAUUAUUUUCACCAUUAGUUUAGAAGUCAAAGGCAGCUGUUAAGAUGAUGAAACGGAUGAGCACUGUUGCUUUGUUGAAGCUACAGAUUCCAUGUGUGCAACAUGGAGCUUUUAGAAAUAAAGUUUUUACCCCAA